UUAUAUAUAAUAAAUUUGAUGAUGAUUGCAGUUAAAAGGUACAUAUAUACUUGGAAAGAGUGUUCAUAAAGUUCAUUUCCCUUCACACUUCAAAACAGAAAGAAACCACUCUCCUCUUUCCUCACUCGCUCACUCACUCCAUAUGGGAAAGGCAUCACGGUGGUUUCGCGGUUUUCUCGGUCUAAAAAAACCGGAAUACGGUUCAACCGAUCAGAAACCACCGAAAGAAAAACGUCGAUGGAGUUUCGUUAAAUCAUACAGAGAAGAAGAAGAACAACAACAGAAUCACAACAGCCACGUCACGUUCUCAACAGAACACGUCCACAACAACAACAAACAGGCCAUCGCAGUCGCUGCUGCCACCGCGGCCGCUGCGGAGGCUGCCGUAGCCGCUGCUAAAGCAGCUGCCGACGUUGUGAGAUUCAAUAGCAGCAACGGCAUCGGCAGGAUACGCGAACAAUGGGCGGCCGUUAAGAUCCAAGCCGCGUUUCGCGGAAGUUUGGCGAGGAAGGCGCUGCGGGCAUUAAAAGGGCUGGUGAAGCUCCAGGCUCUUGUGAGAGGUCACAUUGAGAGGAAAAGGACAGCAGAGUGGCUCAAACGGAUGCAAUCACUUAUACGAGCACAGGCACGGUUUAAUGCAUCACGCGCCCUUCAAACAUCACAUUCUAAUGUAAAAUCAUCUACACUCUAUCUCCAUGGGGGUCCAGCAACACCAGAGAAAUCAGAAAGCCCUGUUAGAUCUAGGAGUAUGAAAUCCGAGCAUUCUUCAAUACUCAAGAGAAACGGUUCCAAAUCAUGUCUCUCGUUCAGCAGCAAUAUAUCAGAGAAUCAGAUAGAUGAACAAUCAUGGAAUAGAGUAAAAUCACUGAUAAGGUCAUAUAGCAGGAGCGACGAAAAAAACGAAAGGAUUGUGGAAAUUGAUUCGGGAAAACAGCACAUAAUCUCAAAACGUAGAAACCUCUUUCAUUCCAUAAGUGAUACUGAUCAUUAUUAUUAUAGUCAAAAUUUAACCCCUACAAAGGAAUCAAAAUCUCAUCAAUCUAGUCAAAGUCAAUCAUGUGAGGUUCAAUCUUAUUACAACCCACUUAAACUCAGCGAAGUUGAAGAGAAUAGUCCUCAAUUUUUAUCAUCUGCAACUUCAAAAGAGGAUGGAUACAAAAGAAGCCCUUUUACUCCUACAAAGAGUGAUGGAUCAAGAAGCUCCCUUAGAGGCUAUUCUGAUUACCCAAGUUACAUGGCUUAUACAGAGUCAUCAAAGGCCAAAGUUAGAUCUAUGAGUGCACCAAAACAAAGGCCUCAACAUGAGAAAUCUGGUUCAUCUAAUAGGUACUCACUCAAUGGACAUGACAUUGCAAGAUUGGCUGCACAGAGAAAUUCUGCACUGCAAGCAAGUUUUGCAAGUAAAGGGUAUCCAGGUUCUGGUCGUUUGGAUAAGCUUGGAAUGCCUGUGGGGUAUAGAUAAGAUACUGAUGUUGAUGUUGAUGCUAAUUUCUGUUAAGAGGGUAUUACUAUUUUUGUAUCUUUAUUUUAAGUGUUGUUUAAGUCUCUUAACAUUUAUCUAUAGCUAACUAACCGGUUGUAUUUUGUUGGGUUAUGAAACUUCGUUUUUGUGUCAGGAUUACAUUCCCAUAUUUGAUAUAACGCUAAGAGCUGAAAUUACCACUA